AUGAAACUAAUUUUAUUAAUAGUAAUUGUAUUAUCAACAGUUUUAAUUGUAUCUGGCAAUGAUCAAUUAUCUGAUACAACAAAAUCAACAUCAUUAUUUACACCUGCACAAUACAUUACUGAAUUCAAUCAAUGGAUUCUAAAGUUUGGUAAACUUUAUGAUGGAAAAGAAAAAUCUAGACUUUAUUACUCGCUUCAAUAA